AUGAACGGAACUGAAGAAGAUUCGUUUGAUUUUCCUGAAUUUUUAGAAAAGGAGAAUUGUUUACCAGCUUUCAAUUCUUCAACAACUUCAUCUGUUUUUGGAUCUCUGACAAGAUCCACUUUGUUCCAAAGCACUUCUCAACAUUUAAUUGAGAAAAUGCAAAAACCUGAAUAUUUGAAAUGCUCCCAUUACCUACAUAAUCGUGGAAAUUAUCCUAUUUCUCCAAUUGCGGAAGAAUUUCGAAAAGAUUUGGAUAAACUCGUCUCGUAUGUGGAUGAAUUAAGUGUAGUGUUAAGCGAAGAAAUUAUUCAAAAUUUGGCUAUACCAUUAAUAAAUUUGUCCGAUGUAAAAAAUUAUUUUAUUUUUUUUUAAAUUUUUUCAAAGAAUUUUGAACGGCAACAAAACGAAUUAAAUGUAAAUUGGGAAGAACUCCUUUUAGAGAAGGCAAAAAUCGCAAAAAUUCGGUGUUCUCUUCAAUCUGAUGAAUAUAAAGCAAAGGCAGGAAAGGCUUCUGAUAGAGUAAAAGAGUUGGAACUAG